UUUUUAAUUGCGUUGAUGUGUUGUUGAUAUUUGCUUUCAUCGUUCGAUUUCCGGCGGGUGUGUAAAUACGGUUGGUGCUUAUGUAAAAAACUAGGACCGUGGAGUACAGUGCGUAAAGUCCGUCACCGUUGCAAGAGAGUAACUUCCCCGCUGCCUUUGAACUCAACUGGAUCAACAUCUUGUUCAUUUGCCUUGGGUUUGGCAAGCGGUUCUGUAGGGUAAAAAGCUUACUUCUUGACUGGCAACGAUGGCAGCUAUGGGGCGCAAACUGUUGAACAACCUGAAGAGCAAAGAGUUCAGGGAAUAUUUGAUGAGCACCCACUUUUGGGGACCGGUCGCAAACUGGGGCAUUCCGAUUGCCGCCCUUGGUGAUCUGAAGAAAGAUCCGAAAAUCAUAUCCGGAACUAUGACUGGCGCGCUCUGUCUGUACUCGCUCGUUUUCAUGCGUUUUGCAUGGAAAGUUCAGCCAAGAAACAUGCUGCUUUUUGCGUGUCACAUCACUAACUUCACGGCGCAAAGCAUGCAAGGUGCUCGGUUUAUCGAGUAUCACCAUAUGGGUGGUAAGGAACGGUCGCAGAAAGCACAACUUCAACCAGCGGCAUAAGGCUAAUGCGGCUAAAGCAACAAAGUUACUAGCAACAUCACAACCACUACGCUCGAAUUGGCAAUGAUUGAGUAUGUGUACAGUGAGGCGCAGGACAGGUGGAAUCGAUAUUAUUAUUUUUUUUUCGGGAGAAAGUAAAAAGUGUGUAAAAUAGUUAACAAGUCCUUUGAACUAACAGCACAAACAAAAGAAUGAAUCUUCGAACAAAUAGUUUACCCAACGUGAAACGUGCAGGACGAAGAAAGCACAAGAACGCAAUGGGUGAACAAACGAAUAGGUGCUAGUACAGGCGAUUCAACGGCCAUUACGGCACGAUCGGGGUAAAAUAUUUAUAGAACAUAAUACGGGAACAAUAGUACCUGUCGGGAAUAAUAUUAAUACAGGUGUAGCGAUACUCUUUACAACAGUUCUUAUGCAAUCACACAACCGUUCUUCAGUGAUGGUAGGAUGCUUUUUUCACCUUAGAAUAGAAACUUUUAGAUACAUUUUGCAAUGCACUUUUAUGCACGCGAUACAUUUUCAGGCGCACGUUUAACUUUUACAAUCCAAAUGAUGUCGUGAUUAGAAGCUAAAUAACAACAGCCAACGGUAGUAAAGACUUAGUAAAAGUAGUGGCAGUAGUUCUAAAUUUGCACCAUAUUAACAGGAGUGAGUAAUGUAAUCCCGCUGUCUAACACCUUCCCGACUUCUUCAUAUGAAUAGAUCUUAUUUUUCCGUUCCCGUUCGAGCAUCAACGACAACAAAAGACAGGGCAAGACUUUCGCUGUAUAUAAUACCUCAAAGAAAUGUACCAUUGUUCUUCCUUUUAAAAAAAUUGCCCAAACAGCGAUAGGAAUUGGCGUUCAACAAAUACUGCUAAAACUACGCAACAAAUGUGCUGUAGUUGAGGUAACAUUCUAGUGCAGGGCUUAGGUUUUCUCAAGGAUCCUAUCAACAAAAUGCCACCGGGCUGAUGGUGGUUAGCGAUUGUGUUCUAUUUUGACUACAAGUUAUGUUUACCAGUGAACCUGUGAGGUGUAUUUUUAUACUGUGUAAAGAGAGAUUCUGUUUAUUUGUUGACAAUAAAGAAGUGAAGUGUAGUCACCGUUCA